AUGAACGCCAUCAGUCCUCUCACAACCCCCUUGGCACGCUAUCCUCGCAACCCUGGCCACCGCAAAUCAAAAGAUUGCUACGGCUCUCAGGAACUCAAUGUGGGCAGGGUCAACGUCAUUUCCAAACCAACCUUGGCCGACCUAUCCGAGUACGCAUUCCCCGGCUGGAUUUACGUGGGUGCGCCAACCGUCCCGCCCUUGCAGGCACUAAUGGCCAAUCCCAUCCUGGUCCUCUACUCUUCACGAGCCCGCAUCCGCCGUUCAGGAACUAGAUGA